AUGGGUUUAAAUCAUAGGGCUCCUCAAUCCCCUUUCCUUUUUGUUAUCAUAGUUAAAGGUUUAGGGAGUUUGAUGAGGAAGGCUUCUGAGAUUGGAGAUUUCACAAGUUUUAGUAUUCAAGAAAGAAAUGUGGUAGAAGAAGAGGAAAGUAGUGAAGGUCCCAAUGAGGAUGCGAGAAAGUUUUACAAGUUGAUUAAUGAGGCAAAACAAGAGCUAUACCCCGGAUGCGAAACCUUCUCUACUCUAUCGUUCAUAAUUCGACUUUACUUGUUGAAGUGUCUUCAUGGAUGGAGCAAUGCAUCAUUCACUUCCCUUUUAGAAUUAUUGAAGGAAGCAAUUCCGAAUUUAAACAUUCCCGAAUCUUUUAACAAAACAAAGGCGAUGAUUAGUGACUUGGGUCUCGAUUACAAAAAAAUUCAUGCAUGUCCAAAUGAUUGCAUGUUAUAUUGGAAAGAACAUGAGAAUGAUAACUCUUGCAAUAUUUGUAAGACUUCACGAUGGAAGGAGUUUCCUCAAGUAGAAAGUGAGUCUUCUGAGCAUGCAAAAUAUGAUCAUAAAGUCCCUGCUAAGGUUUUGAGACAUUUUCCAUUGAUUCCAAGAUUUCAAAGGUUAUUUAUGUGUUCAAAGACAGCAAAGGAAAUGAGGUGGCAUGAAGAAGAACGCUCAAAGGAUGGAAAAUUAAGGCAUCUCGCAGAUGGACAAGCAUGGAAAGACUUUGAUAGACUUCAUCAUGACUUUGCUUCUGAGCCUCGCAACAUAAGACUUGGCUUAUCAAGUGACGACUUUAAUCCAUUCAGGACCAUGAGCUUAUCAUAUAGUAUGUGGCCUGUUAUGAUGGUAGUAUACAACUAUCCUCCUUGGUUGUCCAUGAAAUCAGAAUAUACAAUGUUGUCAUUGUUGAUUCCUGGGCCACAAUCACCGGGGAACGACAUUGAUGUGUACCUUCAACCAUUAAUUGAGGAGUUAAAGGAGUUAUGGGAAUUAGGAGUAGAUGCAUAUGAUGCCUCAAAAAAUCAAACAUUUAAAAUUCGUGCAGCACUCAUGUGGACUAUUAGUGAUUAUCUUGGGUACGCUAUGUUAUCAGGUUGGAGCACCAAGGGAAAGUUGGCAUGUGCUUGUUGCAAUCAUAACACUGAAUCAACAUAUUUAAAAAAAAGCCACAAGAUUUGCUACAUGGGUCAUCGUAUGUUUUUACCAAUGAGCCAUGCGUGGAGGUCAAAUAAAAGGUCCUUUAAUGGAAGGAAUGAAUUUAGGACUGCACCUUCUUUGUUAAAAGGAACAGAAAUUGCGGAAGCCUUAAAAGAUUUUGAGAAUGAAUUUGACAUACCAGGGAAGACAAAAGAUCAUAUUAAUGCUCGUUAUGAUAUGGAAGAUAUGGGAAUUAGAAAGAAGCUUCAUCCAAAAGAGAUUGGUGGAGGUCGUGCGGAGAUUGCAAAAUCUUGUUUUUCAAUGAGUGCUCAUGAAAAGACUAUUUUUUGCGGUGUUUUGAAGGCUGCCAAAUUGCCAGAUGGGACUGCAUCAAACAUUUCAAAGUGUGUGCAUGUUAGUAAUAAGAAAUUAUUUGGCUAUAAGAGUCAUGACGCACAUUUCAUGUUACAUUACUUAUUACAAGUAGCGGUAAGAGGCACCUUGCCAAAUGUAGUGGUUGAACCUCUAAUUCGCUUAGGGUCAUUUUUUCGCUCUUUGUGUAAAAAAGUUAUUCAAGAGCAAGAUUUGAAUUUCUUAGAAGAUGAGAUUGCAGAUAUUCUCUGUCAAAUGGAGAUGAUUUUUCCUCCAAGUUUUUUUGAUAUAAUGGUUCGCUUGCCUAUUCAUUUGGCAAAUGAAGUUAGAUUGGGCGGUCCGGUUCAAUUUCGAUGGAUGUAUCCCACUGAAAGAAACUUAUGCAAACUUAAAAGUUAUGUUCGUAAUAGAGCUCAUCCCGAAGGAUCUAUUGCUGAGGCAUAUUUGGCUGAAGAAGCUUUGACGUUUUGCUCAAGAUAUUUGCAUGAUAAUGUAGACACAAGGUUGAAUAGAAAGAGUCGAAAUUAUGACAAUAGUGAUUUGUGUGAUGUGGAUUUAAGCGAUUACUUUUCAUGUAUCGGUCGUUCUUUAUGUGGGAAGAAAAAUGGUAAACCAUUUUUUCUAGAUUCAACUUCAAAAGCCCAAGCCCACCGAUACCUUUUGUUCAAUUGUGAUGAAAUUAACACAUUCAUCAGGGAGCAUGAUGAUAUUGUCAAUAGUCAAACUAAAGGACGUAGGUGGGUCAAGGCCAAAACCCAAAGUCACGAUUUUAGUGAAUGGUUUAAAACUCGAGCCUUGAAAGAUGACAUAUCAAUUCAGCUAAAAGAUUUCUCUAGAGGUCCAUGUGAUAUAGCAAAGAGGUUUUCAGGCUACUUCAUUAAUGGAUAUAGAUUCCAUACUAUGAACCGAGAUGCAAGACGCAAAACUCAAAAUUCAGGAGUACUUUUGGUUUCACUGACUCCAAGUUUUGCAAGCUCUAAGGAUGAAAAUCCUAAGAUAGAAGCUGUCACUUAUUAUGGAGCAAUUAGAGAUAUAAUUGAGUUAGACUAUUAUUCUAAAUUCAACUUUGUGUUGUUUAAAUGUGACUGGUUUGAGGUAGAAGAAGAUAAAUAUGGGCUUACUUGUGUAUAUUUCAACAAAAAAUGUUACCAAAAUGAUCCUUUUGUUCUACCAUCUCAAGUGCAUCAAUGUUUCUAUAUCCAAGAUCCUCUCAAUACAAGUAGGCAGUAUGUCAUGAAAACAGAUCCUAGAGAUUUAUAUAGCAUGGGUGACCUAUCUAAUUCAAUGGUCCAAGAAUCUUAUCAUAGUGAUCCUUUUGAUGGUGAACUUAAUUGGGUUAGGGAAGAUAUACCUGGAACAAUUGUUGAUAAGCCUCCACCUUUUAUGUAA